AUGGCUGCAGCUGGGAGCGCCCACUCGUACCAUUUUUAUUGCCCCCACGCACAGCAGCAGAACAGCACCAUCUCCUGUGUCUGGGAAACAAGGCCCUCUGGCUGUCUGAGGAUCAGCUGUUCCUUCCAUCACAGCAAACCCCGCUACAUCAAUGGGCUUUUUUUGCCGCCCAGUAACAAUACCCCAUUGCAACAGGCUGUCCAAGAAGGGACUCUGCAUCCAGCCCAAGGUCGAGAAUCACCCAGAAAUCAACAUCAUUUCCUACCAAUUCACCCUCCAGUCAUUAUAAACCUCAAUGAUGACGAUGAUGAAGAGGACGAUGAAGAGGAAGAGAACUGUGAGCAGUAUGUUUCUAACUGGGUGCCUAAGACUGCUGCAGAUAUUGAAGAGGAAAGAGCAAUCAAGGAAAUAUGCUCUAAAUCUGGAGAGUAUUACAGAACUCAGCAGCCUUGUGACCACCAGCCAGCACAAAGUGUUUCUUCCCCUGGGGAAAAGGAGGGACUGCCCUUGGAGGCUCCCGAGCAGGACUUGCAGAAAGGAAUUCACGUUUCAGACCCCAAGGUAAAACCAAUUGACCAACAAUGGGGUGCAAGGACCAAGAAUGGAGCUGCUUCUUCAGAACCACGAAGACCUGCCUAUGUCAUCUACCGCAGCGUCACCGUCACCCAGGACCCAAAGUGCAACGGAUCUACUGAAACAAAACAGACUGAGCUGGGAGAGAACCACCAUUGCAAAGAAGUUAAGGAAAAGAAAUGGAUUAGCAAGGAGAAAAGGAAUUCCCCCAGGACAGCAACAGGCAAAGGUAUUUUGAGGAAACAGCUUCUUCCUUCUUCCUGA